AUCUUAAUAUCCAAGAUGGAAGACGUUGUCAUCCCGUUCUCGUCUGAGGUGCCCUGCGACAAUAAUGGACAGCGCAUGUGGUGGGCAUUCCUCGCCUCCUCCAUGGUGACGUUUUUUGGGGGUCUCUUCAUCAUCCUGCUAUGGAGGACCCUCAAAUAUAUGUGGACUGUUUGCUGCCAUUGCAACAUCAAAAACAAGGAGGCCCAGAAGGUGAACAACCCCGCCAAUAAUCAGGCAGCAGACAGACCAAAGGGUGCUGAUGAGAAGGAGGAGGCCCCGGCCAGCGAGGUGGGAUGGAUGACUUCGGUCAAAGACUGGGCCGGCGUCAUGAUCUCCGCUCAGACGCUCACUGGCAGAGUUCUGGUGGUGUUAGUCUUUGCACUCAGCAUCGGGGCCCUUGGAAUAUACUUUAUAGACUCCUCAGAUCCUAUAGAAUCCUGCCAGAACUUCUACAAAGAUUUCACGUUACAGAUCGAUAUGGCCUUCAACGUCUUCUUCCUCCUUUACUUUGGCCUGCGGUUUAUAGCAGCCAAUGAUAAGCUGUGGUUCUGGCUGGAGGUCAACUCAGUGGUCGACUUCUUCACUGUUCCUCCCGUGUUUGUCUCCGUCUACUUAAACAGAAGCUGGCUCGGUUUAAGAUUCCUGAGGGCGCUAAGAUUGAUACAGUUCUCGGAAAUCUUACAGUUUUUAAAUAUCUUGAAAACAAGCAAUUCCAUCAAGCUGGUGAACCUGUGUUCAAUCUUCAUAAGCACAUGGCUCACAGCUGCCGGAUUCAUACAUUUGGUGGAAAACUCAGGGGAUCCUUGGGAAAACUUCCAGAAUUCCCAGUCACUUUCCUAUUGGGAAUGUGUCUAUUUGCUGAUGGUGACGAUGUCUACAGUGGGCUACGGGGAUGUCUAUGCAAAAACCACCUUGGGGCGCCUGUUUAUGGUCUUCUUCAUCCUUGGUGGUUUGGCCAUGUUUGCCAGCUACGUCCCUGAAAUCAUAGAGUUAAUAGGAAACCGCAAGAAAUAUGGUGGUUCCUAUAGUGCGGUUAAUGGGAGAAAGCAUAUUGUGGUCUGUGGUCAUAUUACCCUCGAAAGUGUCUCCAACUUCCUCAAAGACUUCCUACACAAGGACAGGGAUGAUGUCAAUGUAGAAAUUGUUUUUCUCCAUAAUAUUUCCCCUAAUCUUGAGCUGGAAGCCUUGUUCAAACGUCACUUUACCCAAGUAGAGUUCUACCAGGGAUCUGUUCUCAACCCUCAUGAUCUGGCCAGAGUGAAGAUCGAGUCAGCAGAUGCCUGCCUAAUCCUAGCCAACAAAUAUUGUGCAGAUCCUGAUGCUGAAGAUGCCUCAAACAUCAUGAGGGUUAUUUCGAUCAAGAACUACCAUCCUAAAAUCAGAAUAAUCACACAAAUGCUCCAGUAUCACAACAAGGCCCAUCUGCUGAACAUUCCAAGCUGGAACUGGAAGGAGGGUGAUGAUGCUAUCUGCCUGGCGGAGCUGAAGGCGGGCUUCAUUGCCCAGAGCUGUCUGGCCCAGGGCCUGUCCACAAUGCUCGCCAACCUCUUCUCCAUGAGGUCCUUCAUUGAGAUUGAGGAGGACACAUGGCAGAAGUAUUACCUAGAAGGAGUGGCUAAUGAGAUGUACACAGAGUAUUUGUCCAGUGCCUUUGUGGGCCUCUCCUUCCCCACUGUCUGUGAGUUGUGUUACGUGAAGCUGAAGCUGUUGCUAAUUGCCAUCGAAUACAAGUCUGAGCAGAGAGAGAGCAGAAGCCGAAAGCGCAUCCUCAUCAACCCGGGCAACCAUGUCAAGAUGCAGGAGGGAACACUGGGAUUCUUUAUCGCCAGUGAUGCCAAAGAAGUAAAGAGAGCAUUUUUCUACUGCAAAGCUUGUCAUGACGACAUCACAGACCCUAAGCGGAUCAAGAAGUGUGGCUGCAAACGACUCGAAGACGAGCAUCCAUCAACUCUCUCGCCCAAAAAAAAGCAGCGCAACGGAGGGAUGCGAAACUCACCCAACUGCUCGCCCAAAAUGAUGAGUCGACACGACCCCCUUCUGAUCCCUGGGAAUGAGCAAAUCGAGAACAUGGACAUGAACGUGAAGAGGUAUGACUCGACAGGGAUGUUUCACUGGUGCCCAUCAAAGGACAUCGAAAAGGUCAUCCUGACCCGGAGCGAAGCUUCCAUGACAGUGCUGAGCGGCCAUGUGGUGGUCUGUAUAUUUGGGGAUGUCACGUCCGCUUUAGUGGGGCUGCGAAACUUGGUGAUGCCUUUAAGAGCCAGCAACUUCCAUUACCACGAGCUAAAGCCUAUCGUUUUUGUGGGCUCGCUGGAUUACCUGCGGAGAGAGUGGGAAACUUUACACAACUUCCCCAAGGUCUCCAUAUUACCUGGUACACCAUUAAGUCGGGCAGAUUUAAGGGCUGUCAACAUCAACCUCUGCGACAUGUGCGUAAUACUGUCAGCCAAUCAGAACAAUAUCGAAGAUGCCUCACUGCAGGAUAAGGAAUGCAUCUUGGCGUCACUCAACAUCAAAUCUAUGCAGUUUGAUGACAGCAUCGGGGUCUUACAGGCUAAUUCCCAAGGUUUCACGCCUCCUGGAAUGGACAGGUCAUCUCCAGACAGCAGUCCAGUACAUGGCUUCGUGCGUCAGGCUUCUGUCACCACCGGAUCCAACAUCCCCAUCAUCACAGAACUAGUGAACGACUCAAACGUUCAGUUCCUGGACCAAGAUGAUGAUGACGACCCAGACACAGAGCUGUACCUCACUCAGCCCUUCGCCUGCGGCACCGCCUUCGCUGUCAGUGUGCUCGACUCCCUGAUGAGCGCGACGUACUUCAAUGAUAACAUCCUAACGCUGAUCCGGACGCUGGUCACAGGGGGAGCCACACCAGAGCUGGAGGCCCUGUUGGCUGAGGAGAACGCUCUCAGAGGGGGCUACAGCACACCGCAGACACUGGCUAACAGAGACAGGUGUCGCGUCGCCCAGCUAGCCCUCUACGACGGGCCAUUUGCCGACUUGGGGGAUGGCGGCUGCUACGGGGAUUUAUUCUGUAAGGCGCUGAAGACGUACAACAUGCUGUGUUUUGGCAUCUACAGAUUAAGAGACGCUCAUCUCAACGCACCGAGCCAGUGUACAAAACGGUACGUCAUCACGAACCCACCGUAUGAGUUUGAGCUCGUGCCCACAGACCUGAUCUUCUGCCUCAUGCAGUUCGACCACAACGCAGGCCAGUCUCGGACAAGCUUGUCCCACUCUUCCCACUCCUCCCAUUCCUCCAGCAAAAAGAGCUCCUCCGUCCACUCCAUCCCGCCCUCCAACCGGCAGAACCGCAGCAGUAAGACCCGGGAGGCCCGCGACAAACAGAAUGCAACAAGGAUGAAUAGAAUGGGCCAAGAAAAGAAAUGGUUUACAGAUGAACCAGAAAAUGCCUACCCACGGAACAUUCAGAUCAAGCCCAUGAGCACUCACAUGGCCAACCAAGUCAACCAAUACAAAUCCACUAGUAGUCUGAUUCCACCAAUCAGAGAAGUUGAAGAUGAAUGCUGAACACAGGGUUUUCUUGCUGACUCACCAGACAUCUGUACCCUCUUUCAAAGGAGAUGGGAAGAGAUCACCCAUGGAGGAGUGAUGGUGAUGACAGGGAUGUUGAAGACUGACACAUUUCUCUUCACUCAUUCUUCUAAUCAAGGGUUGGACAGGAACCCAAACUGGAAGGGACCUCCUAUGUGUAUACCUUUAAUGUUACUUCCAUGCUCUUGGACAUUGUUUUAUUUAUUAAUGUAUCCAUAGUGAUGUACAUAAUGACAAUCAAAUAAGGAUUGUACAGCCCCUUCCCUCUAGCACUUUUUGGAAUUAUUUUAAGAGUUGACAAAAAAAAAAAAGAGUACUUCCUGUAAUUCUUUGCAAUAGUUCACCUCUUCGUGUGACCAGACUCCAUGGCUAAGGUGGCUGGUUAUCGGAGGAUGAGGGUUGCAGCGAUAAACUGAUCAUAUCAUCUCCCAAAGAUCCGCCCAGAUGUCAAACCAGCUGGGCUCGUCGACUUCGUAUCUCCUGUCUGCUUCUGUUCUAUUUGCACUAAAACUGAACAAGUUUCUUUUGACAGAACAACUGGAACCAUCAGAUUCUCCCUCAAUAA